UUUACUUUUGAAUUUGUACUUUGAACUUGCAAUAUUUCGAUUAAAACCCAUUCAAUAAGCCCCCAUAUUUUUAAGUUUAAACCCUUCAUAAUGUUCUCUAGCUAUUCGCGAACUCUUGGAAGUCAGUUCAGGAGAUUUCAAAGUACACUGGUCAUUGCGGAACACAAUAAUGAAGCUCUAAAUCCGAUAACCCAAAAUGCCAUAACAGCAGCCAAGAAAUUAGGAGGAGAUAUAUCUGUUCUUGUUGCUGGUACAAAAUGUGGACCAGCCUCCGCCUCUUUAGCCAAAGCCGGUGGUUUAUCGAAGGUGAUCGUGGCAGAAAACGAAGCAUUUAAGGGCUUCACAGCCGAAAGUUUAACUCCGUUAAUAAUCAGCGCUCAAAAGCAAUUCGGUUUCACGCAUAUCAUCGCUGGAGCCACGGCUUUCGGAAAGGCCCUCUUACCUAGAGUCGCAGCGAAAUUGGACGUUUCUCCUGUAUCAGACGUUAUUUCCAUUAAGUCGCCAGAUACGUUUGUCAGAACCAUUUACGCCGGAAACGCGAUUCAAACGUUGACUGCUAGUGACGGUAUUAAAGUUCUAACGAUAAGAGGAACCAAUUUCGAACCGGCCAGCCUCGAAGGUGGCUCGACAACCACUGAAAAUAUUUCAUCUGACGGAUGCGCUACAGAUUUAUCUACAUUUAUCAGCCAAGAACUCAGCAAAUCUGAUAGGCCUUCCUUAACCAGCGCCAAAGCUAUAGUAAGCGGAGGUCGUGGAUUAAAAUCAGGCGAUAACUUCAAGCUCUUGUACGAUCUUGCUGAUAAACUGAACGCAGCUGUUGGAGCUUCUCGCGCUGCUGUCGACGCUGGAUACGUCCCGAACGAUAUGCAAAUUGGUCAAACUGGAAAGAUUGUAGCUCCUGACUUGUACAUAGCUGUUGGUAUAUCUGGAGCUAUACAACAUUUAGCUGGAAUGAAAGACAGCAAGACCAUUAUAGCUAUUAACAAGGACCCUGAAGCGCCGAUCUUCCAAGUGGCGGAUUACGGGCUUGUAGCCGAUUUAUUUAAGGCUGUUCCCGAGUUAACUGGAAAACUAUAAAUCUCAACACAUUUGGAUUCUAAUAUUUUUAAUGAUAUUUAAAAUAUAUUUUGUUACUCGCAUGUAGUUGAUGUAAUAUUCUCUAUUAAAAGGAAAACCUACCAGC